UUGAGCACGGGGCACAGAAGGGGGGUGGUCCAUCAUGGGACAUGGUGUGAAGUAAGAGCCAGUUUCACAGUCCCACAGUCACAGAGCUAAGUUUUCAGCCACCAGAGACGCACUACCGCUACUGUCUGGGAUUCCCAGUUCCUCAGCUAAACGGCCGUCUGUCCGUCUGACUGACCCGACUUCAUUUUGGCCAAUACUUCACGCUAGUUUUAUUGGUUUUCCCGAGAGAUUUUGAGAAGAAGGGAAAACAUUCACCAUGCAGUCUUGCGCCAGGUGUGGGUUUGUGGUCUACCCAGCUGAGAAGAUCAACUGCAUUGACCAGAAUUGGCACAAAGCAUGUUUUCAUUGUGAUGUCUGCAAAAUGGUACUCACUCCAAAUAACUUUGUCAGCCACAAGAAGAGGCCAUACUGCUCUGUGCACAAUCCAAGGAACAACACAUUCACAAGCGUCUAUGAGACCCCCAUCAACAUUAAGGCAAAGAAGCAAAGUAAGGCCAGCAGUGAGCUGAAGUAUCGCGAAGAUGGCGAACGCUUUAUGUCCACCUUCCACUGUGACACGAGAUCCAUGGAGCUGGAGAAGGCUUGCCUAGCCAAUCAGAUGGCCAGCCAGGGCUUUCAGUCUCAGUCUGAGUUCUCACAGCAGCAGACCUGGUAUUCAGGGAUGGUGAGCAACCAGGAGAUAGUGACAAUGUCCCAGGCACAGAAUAACAUCAGUGAUGUCAAAUACACAGAAGAAUAUGAGCAGUCAAAAGCAAAGGGUAGCUUCCCUGCAAUGAUCACACCGGGCUACCAAACUGCCAAGAAGGCAAAUACCUUAGCAAGUAAUCUGGAAUAUAAAAAAGGACACGAGGAAAGAGUUUCCAAAUACACAACAUUUGUGGACCCCCCUGAGGUGAUUCUGGCCAAGAAACAAGGACAAAUUGUUAGCGAUUAUGCCUACACAGAAGAAUAUGAGCAGCAGAGAGGUAAAGGUAGUUUCCCUGCACACCUUACGCCUGGAUACAAAAUGUCAAAGAAGGCCACUGAGCAGGCCAGUGACAUUAAGUAUCGUCAGAUGUACGAACAGGAGAUAAAGGGGAAAGCCAGCGCUGAAGCGGCUGUUACUGAGAUUGUCCAUGCCAAAGAAAAUGCAGAGAACUUCAGCCAUAUUGCCUAUACUGAAGAAUACGAGCAACAGCGAGGCAAAGGCAGUUUCCCCGCCAUGAUUACGCCUGGUUAUCACCUUGCAAAGAAGGCACAGGAAAUUGCCAGUGAUUUAAAAUACAAGAAAGACUUAAACAAGAUGAAGGGCACGUCACACUUUCACAGUCUGACCUCUGAGGAUAAUCUGGCACUGAAGAACGCACGAAAAAUCAACAAGAUUGUCAGUGAGGUGGAGUAUAAAAAAGACUUGGAGAACAGCAAAGGACACAGCAUCAAUUUCUGUGAGACCCCACAGUUUCAAAAUGCAGCCAAGGUUGCCAAGUUCACCAGUGAUAACAAAUAUAAAGAGAAAUACACUACUGGUAUGAAAGGCCACUAUGAAGACUCGGGUAUUGAUAAGAAGACCAUGCAUGCCAUGAAAGCGAGGAAGCUGGCAAGUGAUAUUACUUAUAAACAAGGCUGUGAGCAGGAGCAGGCUGAAUACAACUACCCGGCCAAUCUUACGCCAGGUUACCAAAGCCAAAGAAAACUGGAUCCACUGAAAGAGAAGAACUACAGGCAGCACAUUGACCAGGUGAAGUACAAGUCAGUGACAGACACACCUGACAUUGUUUUGGCCAAGAAAAAUGCUCAGCUUGUCAGCAACUUAAAUUACAAAGCCGGGUAUGAGAAGACAAAGCAUCAGUACACACUAUCCCAAGACCUGCCCCAAAUCCAAAAAGCCAAAGCCAAUGCUGCUUUGUGUAGCGAUAUUAAAUAUAAAGAGGAGUGGGAGAAGACAAAGUCUAAAGCUUGUGAAAUUGGUGUGGACGAUCUGAGCGUCAAAGCAGCCAAGGCCUCCCGAGACCUUGCAAGUGACAUUAAAUACAAAGAGAGUUACAUGAAGAACAAGGAGAAGGCUGUGGGGGUCAACGUGAGCGACUCCAAGACUCUGCACUCUCUGCAAGUGGCUAAGAUGAGCAGUGAUAUUGAAUACAAGAAGGGCUCUAAAGAGAGCCAGGCCCAGUACAGCCUUCCUCUGGACAUGAUCAACCUAAGCCAUGCCAAGAAGGCCCAGGCACUCGCCAGUGACCUGGAGUAUCGCACAAAGCUCCACGACUACACAGUCAUGGCAGAUGACAUCAAGGUCCAGCAGGCCAAAAAGGCUUAUGCCCUCCAAAGUGAGAACCAGUAUCGUUCAGACUUGAACUGGAUGAAAGGAGUGGGCUGGGAGACCGAAGGAUGUCUCAACAUCACUCAGGCAAAGAAAGCUGGAGAGCUGCUUAGUGAUACCAAAUACCGUCAGAAGGCAGACAGCAUCAGGUUCACCCAGGUGGCCGAUGAUCUCUCCAUCAAGCACGCAAAGAAAAGCCAGGAACUGCAGAGCGAUUUGGCCUACAAAGCAAACACAGAGCAGAUGCUGCACCAGUACACCAUCACAAAGGACGAACCUCUUUUCAGACAAGCAAAGGCUAACGCGGACCUUCUCAGUGCAAAAGUGUACAAGAGUAACUGGGAGAAGCAGAGGGAAAAGGGCUUUGAGCUCCGUUUGGACUCCCUAUCUAUACUCACAGCAAGAGCCAAGAGAGACCUGGCUAGUGAUGUGAAAUACAAAGAGACGUAUGAGAAAAACAAAGGCAAGAUGAUUGGCAUUAAAGCAGUCAGUGAGGAUUCUCAGAUGGCUCACUCCACUCUGGCCACCAAACUACAGAGUGAUCGCCACUACAAAAAGAACUACGAGGACACUAAGACCAAAUACAGUGUUUCCCUGGAUAUGCUGAACAUCAGCCAUGCCAAGAAGGCUCAAGACCUGGCAACUGAGACCAAUUAUAGGACUAUACUCCAUGAAUACACUACUCUGCCAACUGACAUUAAUGUUGCCUGGGCGAAGAAGGCUUAUGGACUACAAAGCGAUAAACAGUAUAGGUCAGAUUUGAACUGGAUGAAGGGCGUUGGCUGGGAGGCCUCGAAAUCUCUGGAUGUCCUGCAAGCAAAGAAAGCUGGGGAGCUGGUCAGCGAGAAAAAGUAUCGUCAGGAUGUAAGCGCUCUGAAGUUCACCAGUGUUGAAGACACUCCAGAGAUGAACCAGGCCAAACUAAGCAACAAACUUGCAAUUGAUAGGUUGUACAGGGAGAAGGGUGAAAACAUGAAGCACAACUACACACUGAGUGGAGAGUUACCCGAGUUGGUGCAAGCCAAGCUGAAUGCCAUGAAUAUCAGUGAGACGCAAUACAAGGAAUCUUGGAAGAAGAUACGUGAUGGCGGUUACAAGCUGCGUCUGGAUGCCAUUCCUUUCCAAUCUGCCAAAGCAUCUGCAGAGAUCCUCAGUGAUCAAAAGUACAGAGAAGAAUUUCAGAAGACCAAAGGGAAGAUGAUCGGCCUGAAGGGACUGCAGGAUGACUUGAACAUUGCUCACUCAGUCUAUGCCAGCAAGCUACAGAGUGAUAUCAAGUAUAAGAAGGACUCUGCAAAGGAACUCUCAAAGUUCCACCUACCCAUGGACAUGCUGGAGGUUGCACAUGCUAAAAAGGCACAGUCAUUAGUCAGUGACCAGGACUACCGGCUGUCCCUGCAUCAAUACACCGCGCUGCCGGAUGACUUGAAGCUGCUAGCUGCCAAGAAAGCAUACACCCUGCAGAGUGAGAAAUUGUAUCGCUCUGACCUGAACUACCUGCGUGGCACAGCCUGGAUCGCCACUGGUGCUCUGCAGAUUGAAGGAUCCAAGAAGGCCACAGACCUCAUCAGUGAAAAAAAGUACCGUCAGCAGCCGUACAACUUCAAGCACACCUCUGUUGCUGACUCUCCAGAUAUUAUCCAUGCCAAACACAGUUCACAGAUUGCAAAUGAACGUUUGUAUAAGGAGAAAGGGGUGAAUGACCAACACAGCUACACUAUUACAUCUGAGAGGCCAGAGAUUACACAAGCAAAGAUCAAUGCAGCCAACUUUAGUGAGAUAAAGUACAGAGAGUCCUGGCACACUCUCAGGGCUCAGGGAUACAAACUCACCAUGCAGGACAUCCCCUUCCAGGCUGCCAAGAGCUCCACGGGCAUCGCCAGUGAUUACAGUACAAACACAACCACCUGCUGGAAAAGGGGAAGCACAUUGGGGUCAAAUGCAUCAUGGACGACCCACGUAUGCUGCACUGCCUGCAGGCCGGCCGAUUGGCCAGCGACCAGGAGUACCGCAAGGAUGCACUGACAACCAGCGGACAGUACCACCUCACGCCAGACAUGAUUAAUCUGGUGGCGGCUAAGAAUGCGCAGGCACUGGC